UCGCUCUUCUCUUUGAAUAAAAAAACGAACAUGGCGUCUCAAAGUGCUACUGCUGGUCAGGUUAUUAAAUGUCGUGCUGCCAUUGCCUGGAAGGCGGGCGAACCUCUUUCCAUUGAAGAAAUCGAAGUCGCUCCUCCCAAGGCUAACGAAGUCCGUAUCAAGAUUUGCUAUACUGGCGUCUGCCAUACCGACGCAUACACUCUUUCAGGCACUGAUCCCGAGGGUAUUUUCCCUGCCAUUCUUGGUCACGAAGGUGGCGGUAUUGUCGAAUCUGUUGGUGAAGGUGUGACCGAUGUGGCUGUGGGCGACCAUGUCAUUCCUCUUUACACCGCCGAGUGCAAGAAGUGCAAGUUCUGCACCAGUGGCAAGACCAACUUGUGCCAAUCCGUGCGUGCCACUCAGGGUCGUGGUUUGAUGCCCGAUGAAACAACUCGCUUCACCUGCAAGGGCCAGCCUAUCUAUCACUACAUGGGUUGCUCCACCUUCUCCGAAUACACAGUUGUCGCUGAUGUGUCCGUCGUCAAGGUGGAUCCUAAGCCCAGCUUGCAGAAGCUUUGCUUGUUGGGUUGCGGUAUUACCACCGGUUUCGGUGCCGCUACUCGCACUGCCAAGGUCACCAAGGGUUCGUCUGUGGCUAUCUUUGGUAUGGGCUGUGUCGGUUUGAGCGUCGCCCAAGGUGCUGCUUUCAACGGAGCUAGCCGUAUCAUUGCCAUUGAUAUCAACCCCAAGAAGGAGAAACUGUCCAAGGAAUUUGGUGCUACUGAAUUCAUCAAUCCCAAGGAUUACGAUAGACCGAUUCAAGAAGUGCUUGUGGAAAUGACCGAGGGUGGUCUCGAUUACACCUUUGAUUGUACUGGCAACGUCAACGUGAUGCGUGCUGCUCUUGAAGCUUGCCACAAGGGCUGGGGUGAAUCCACCAUCAUUGGUGUCGCUGGUGCCGGUCAGGAAAUUAGCACCCGUCCCUUCCAGUUAGUCACUGGCCGUGUGUGGCGAGGAUCGGCUUUCGGCGGUGUUAAGGGCAAGACGGAGAUGCCCGGUCUCGUUCAGCAAUAUCUUGAUGGCAGCUUGAAGGUGGACGAAUUCAUCACUCACACCUUUGACUUUGAAGAUCUCAACAAGGCCUUUGAUGCCAUGCACUCUGGUGAUUGUAUUCGCGCGGUUGUUACUGUUCAAAAGGAGUAGAACGAAUAGUGUAGAAGUAGAGGAGACGGAGAGUAAGGGAACGGUUCGUGUAGAUAAUUUAAAAAGUUUUUUACCCGUUAGUAGUUGAAAGUAGAAUAUUGAAUAUAAGUGGACCAAGUUGGAAGAAGUUUGACAAAUUUAAAAAAAAAAAUCUGUCAAAAAUGGCUCAGAA